GCCCGUCCCUCACCGCCCUGCCAGCGUGGGGUCACGGAGUCACUGAAUUAGUGAGGUCGGGAAGGACCUCCGAGAUCGGCGAGGCCAGCCUGUAGGCCGUGCAGGUUAAUGGGAGCCUAAAGCGGAGUCUGGCAUUGUUUCAGUACAGUUUAGUCAGCUCACAUUGUGUGUGUUUAUGAGGAAGAAAGGAAGGUGAGAGCUGCUAUGAAACAGAAGCUUUUGGAAAAGUCUCAGUCAGAAUUUUCCUGAAGGAAUUUUCUUUCUCUGUGCAUAGCUAACAAAUAGCAAUGAAAACUCAGCCCUACAGGCAGAGCUGGGCCUUAACGAGCACCACCAGAACGAAGUGAUCAGCUACAUGCGCUUCGCUCGCUUCAAGCGUGGCCUGUGUCUCAAAACAGUGGAUUCUUGUUUUCAGGACCUUAAGGACAGCAGACUUGUUGAAGAGACCUUCACAGUUGAUGAGGUGAUAGACAUGCUGGAUGGACUGCAGAGUGUUGUACACAGUGAAGUGGAGUCGGAGCUCAUAAAUACAACUUACACCAACGUUUUACUUCUGCGGCAGCUCUUUUCACAGGCUGAGAAAUGGUACCUUAAGUUACAGACAGACGUCUCUGACUUGGAGAAUCGAGAAUUAUUGGAACAAGUUGCUGAGUUUGAAAAGUCAGAAUUUACAUCUUCAAACAAAAAGCCCACUGCAGAUCCCGUUAAACCAAAACUGGCUCCAUUAAAUGAAGGUGGGACAGAGCUGCUAAACAAGACAGUUGCUCGUCUCCAAGAAGAAAAUGAAAAAUUGAAGACCAGGCUCAAGACUAUAGAAACACAGGCUACAGCUGCCCUAGAUGAGAAGUCCAAGCUAGAGAAGUCACUGAGGGAUUUACAGAUGAUCCAAGGAGAUCAGAAGAUUAAUGCAAACCAGGAUAUCACUGAACUGGAGAAUAAAGUGGCAGCUUUGAAAUCCCAGUUUGAGAAGACUUUGAAUGACACUACUGCAAACCAAAAAUUCUUGGAAGAGGACUUGGUGACAACAAAACAUGACUUGCUUAAGGUUCAGGAUCAGCUAUCUGCAGCUGAAAAGGAACUGGAGAAGAAAUUUCAGCAAACAGCUGCCUAUCGCAACAUGAAGGAGAUUCUCACAAAGAAGAAUGAACAGAUAAAGGAUCUGCGUAGAAGGCUUUCCAAAUAUGAAUCAGAGGACUGAAAUACCAAAAAACAUCUGAUGUAUCGAAAGCUGCCAUGGAAAGAAAAUGUAGACUGGUAUUAUAUUUCAAUAAUCUUUGUUUUGAAUGGUAUAUUUUUUGCUUCUAAUGAUGAAAAUAACUCUUUAUUAACACUAAUAACAUGCUGAAACUCCUACCUUACUUCCUUGUAAACCUACGAUUUAUAGGUAUUAGUUUCUGCAGUCAUGUUUUUAAUUCUUAACCAUCAACAUUUCUUGAGAAAUAGCUAACAGGAUCUUACUGAAGAGCUGAGAACAUUCCCUACAAAGAAAGGAGUUUAUUUUUGUUAAGAAAAAAAAAAAGGGAAAAAAAAGAGCAUUAGGGAUUUUCAUGUCUCUGAGGUGGAAAUUCCAGUUGUUACUUUUGUGUAGUUAGUGUACUUAUGAAGUAGCAUUAUAUGUGUACUUAUGAAGUAGCAUUAUAUGUAAAAAUUACAUCAGUGAAAGUAAAAAGCAGGAAGAAAAAAAAAGAAACUCACAGAUUCUGUAAUGUUACUUCACACUGGACAUGUCAUACCUCAGCAAAAUGUGGUCACUAGCAUUUUUCUAGAGGAUGUUCAGGAGCUAGUGAGGUAAAUAUGCUUUAUAGCUGAAGCUUUCAAAUAAAGCCACUAAUUGAAGUUAUGCUUUUUAACUUGAAUUAAUUUGAAACAAAUUUGAAUAUCAAAAGACAGAUUCUGAUUUUGCCAGUAUUCUUAGCAUUGGGAUGAUAAUCUGAAAACUCAUAGGAAAGUUAAUGGAGAAACUUUUUUGAGAAAUAAGUUAUUUUAGAUAUUUUCAUCUCCUUUCUUAAUGUAACCUCAUCAGAAACCAGCUUACUUCUCUCAAGUCUUCUACUUGUAAUUCUUUUCCUUGCAUUUAUUUGUCAGCCUAUUAUUAGUGCAUUCUACUUGUUCAUCUGUCCCUGUUCGUGUGUAUGUUGUAUUUUACUCCAAAUAAAACUAUUCUGUUUUCAA